AUGGCGUCGUCCUUCCUUGUUCCGGCGAGGUCGUCCUUCUGGGGAGCGGCCUCGCCGGCCCAUCUCGCGAGGGGGGGGGGGCAUCGCCUGCCGUCGGCGGGCUUCCCGGCGGCGCCGCCGGCGAGGAUCUCCGCCAAGUUCCGGCUGUCGGAGAUCUUGGGCGGGCGCGGCCUCUGCAACGGCGAGGAGGGCCUCCAAAAGUUCCUCAACGACCCCCCGCCGGCCUCUGGCGGAGAACCCGCUCCGCCGCCGACGCCGACGGCCUCCCCCGCUCCGGCCAUCGGCGCCGGCGAGGCCGCCUUCGAGAAGGAGCUGCUGGGGCUCACCGGCGGCUUCCCCGGCGGCGAGAAGGGCCUGAAGAAGUUCAUCCAAGAGAACCCCCCGCCUCCCAAGACCUCCGCCGGCGGCGGGUUGGUGGCGGCGCCGCCGAAGCCGCGGCCGCCGGAGCUGCCGCUGCUGAUGCCGGGGAUGAUCGUGAUCGUGAAGAACCCGAGCAAUCCCUACUACAUGUACUGCGGGACAGUACAGAGGGUCACCGACGGCAUGGCCGGCGUGCUCUUCGAAGGGGGGAACUGGGACAAGCUCCUCAGCUUCCGCCUGGACGAGCUCGAGAGGAGAGAGAAGGGCCCCCCCAUGGUCAACCCCAAGUCCGCCAUCCUCGAACCCCUCGUGGAGAAGGAAUCCUGA